AAAACGCACUGACGCAGUGAAGCCGUGGACUUGCGGCAACAGUGCAGAGAGAAAAUAAUUGGUCAACUUGAUUCUUCUAGACUCUUUACUGUAAAUCAGCCAGUGUUCUUCCAUGACGCCCAGGCAACCCGCCAGUAACAAGGAUGGCCUAACCUUGCCCACGGGGCGCGACGUCACCAUGUUAAAGACAUUCUUGGUCUAUAAAGGAGACAUUCUAGUUUAUCUUCAAACAUUAUUUUAAAAAAUUUAGCUGGAAGAACAGAGCUGUUUGAGACCAAUCAAUUAAACCACAAAUGAACAAUGGCGCCGACGAAUGAAAGACAUAUGAACGAUACCUCUAGUAAGGCCUCAGCGAGCCCCGCGGAGCCCAAGGGGAAGCGGCCCCCAGUGCUUGUGGACGGGGUGACUCUGAACGGACCCACGCUGGACAUCCGGGAAGCAGAGAGCUUCCUCAGAGACGCCAUGCCCAUCAUCAUGGAGGAGGCCGUCUGGAAGGCUACUGACGUCAAGGAGAAGGUGUGCGAGUGGCGCUCUCCGGAGCAGCUGAAGGACCUAUUAGACCUAGAGCUGAGGGAAGGAGGCGAGGCACAUCCCCAGAUACUGCAGCGCUGUCGGGAUGCCAUCCGAUACAGUGUCAAGACCGGACAUCCUCUCUUCUUCAACCAGCUUUAUGCAGGCAUGGACCCUUAUUCACUAGUGGGCCGAUUCAUCACAGAAGCCAUCAACCCCAGUCUGUACACGUACGAGGUGGCUCCAGUGUUCCUGCUGACAGAGGAGGCGGUUCUGCAGAAGAUGAUUGAGAUCAUUGGAUGGCAGGAGGGAGGGGACGGCAUCUUCAGCCCAGGUGGCUCUGUGUCCAACAUGUAUGCUGUGAACGUGGCCAGGUACCACCACUGUCCUGAUGUGAAGGUGCUGGGCCUGUCUGCCUUGCCUAGACUGGUCAUGUUUACAUCUCAGGAGUGUCAUUACUCGGUUGCCAAAGCAGCGGCUUUCCUGGGAAUUGGCACCAACAAUGUUUAUGUGAUCCCGUCAGAUAAGAGAGGGAAGAUGAUUCCUGCGGAGUUUGAGAAGCAAGUACAGAGAGCCAAAGAUGAGGUGAGAAGGAGAACUAUGAAUGGAGUCAGCAAGGUUGUUUGGUGUCAGAUAUGUUAUGCAUGUUGGGGAGGAGGAGCCCUGAUGUCUAAGAAACACAGAUACCUGCUGCAGGGCAUUCACAGAGCCAACUCAGUAGCAUGGAAUCCUCACAAGAUGCUGAUGGCUGGUCUACAGUGCUGUGCAUUCAUGGUUCGGGACAAAACGAAUCUUCUCCAGCGGUGUCACUCGGCCCAGGCCUCCUACCUCUUCCAGCAGGAUAAGUUCUAUGACGUCAGCUAUGACACGGGAGACAAGUCCAUUCAGUGCAGCCGCAAGCCCGACGCCUUCAAGUUCUGGCUGAUGUGGAAAGCCAUCGGCACCAAGGGUCUGGAAGAGAGAGUGGACAGAGCCCUCGCUAUGGCCAGAUAUCUGGCAGAGGAGAUCAAGAAGAGAGAUGGAUUCCGUCUUGUGAUGGAGCCGGAGUACACCAACGUCUGUUUCUGGUACAUUCCUCCCAGUCUGAGGGACAUGGCUGACGGACCCGAGUUCUGGAGAAAUGUCCAUGCGGUGGCGCCAGUGGUUAAGGAGCGCAUGAUGAAGAAGGGCUCUAUGAUGGUAGGCUACCAGCCCCAUGGAGACAAGGCUAACUUCUUCAGACAGAUCAUCAUUAGCCCUCAGGUCAGCAGAGAAGACAUGGACUUUCUGCUGGACCAAAUACACAGCCUGGGGAUGGACUUAUGAUCCCACGGGGAAUACCUACAAAAUGGCACCCUAUUCCCUCAAUGAGCCCUGGUCAAAAGUAGUGCACUAUACAGGGAAUUUGGGUACCAUUUUGAACAAAACCCAAAUGGUCAUGUUCAGUAGGCACGAAACAGGAGAUCCUGUUUUGAAACUGAGUGAAACGGAAGAGGUGGUACCCCAACGUCCUAUAAGAAGUUUCCAAAUUUCCUAUAAGAAGUUUCCAAACCAUCCUAUAAGAAGUUUCCAAACCAUCCUAUAAGAAGUUUCCAAACC